GUGGACGAGAAGGAGGACCCCGAUGACGGCGAGCUCGAGGAGGACGAAAAGUACCGCGAGAGCAAGCAGCGCUUCCGCAAGAGCAAGGACCAGGAGCUGGUCGAGUACGUCGCGGACGGCGUCAAGAUCGGCGAGGAGAUGAGGUACCAGUGCGAGAAUGUGGAGGGCGAGCGGUUCGGCGACCCUGCGGCGCUGGCGGCCGAGGACCAGCAGGAGUGGGACAGCCUGUCGACGCGGAUCAGGCGCAUGCGGCGCAGCAAGCUGCUGCAGCAGCGGGCCGCGGGGCAGCUGGGCCCGGCGCCCACCGAGAAGGACAGGAAGGACGCCCUCACCAAGCGGCCGCUCGACUUCGACCAGGAGGAGGAGACUCGCAAGGUGGAGACCUCCAAGUGGCUGGAGCACCACUUCGGCAGCGAGUCGCGAUCCUCAAAGGACUCGAUUGAGGACGAGGACGACGUCCAGAGGGGCACCACGACCAGCUUCAUCAACGUCACGAUGAAGUCCAGGCCAGUGACGCCCCGCACCAACGGCCACCACAACACCACCUCGUCCAGGGUGUUCGUGUCGUCCCCCGAGCCCCGCUCCGAGAGCCCCUACUUCCAGGGCAUCAGCCAGUGGUCCGAGCGACGCCACGACGAACGACGCCACGAGGAGCGACGCCACGACGAGCGACGCCACGACGAGCGGCGAUACGACGAGAGGCAGACCUCCUGGAACAAGAAGUCGACCUUCUCGCCGUCCGACCCCACGUCGGCCACCCUGGGCUCCGGCUAUACGGGCCGGCCCGACCGGGUGCAGGUGCUGCCCACCGGCCCGGACCACACCUUCAAAACGACGUCGCCGACGCCGGCCCCCGUCAACGGGGGCACCCGGUUGUACAAGACGACGAGCACCCACAGAGUGGGAUCCCCGUACCGGGGCGGGGGGUCCCCCGGGUCCCCGUACAGGGACUCGCCGACUUACAGGGACUCCCCGUACCGGGACGACAGCGACGAGCACCUCCCGCACGAGUACGCCGGCGGCCGCGGCCACUUCACGCCUAACGUGAACACGGCGUUCCUCGAGCGGGAGCGGCUGAGCUCAGAGCGGGCGGCAGCCCCCGGUCGGUUCACUCCGAGCAGGGACAAGAGCCCCAGCCCGCCGCAGCGCAACAAGUACAGCACCAAGCGCUACCACGAG